AUGGUUCUUGUAACGACGGAGGCCCUGAGCCGGGAGGUAGCCUCCUUUUUUUCGCCAGGCCGUGAAGGCAGCAGCAGCAGCAGCAGCAGCAGCAGACCUCAGUCUGUGCUGCUGAUUAGCAUGUGCAACGUCGAUGGAGUUUGCUGCAGCCACAUGCUGCAGCAGCACUGCUGGGCUCGCAGUUUAUUUAAUGACUGUCAGAGGCAAGGACAAGAUAUAAACCUAGAUCUACUAUUCGUACGCAGCCCAGCAGAUGUGCUGAGUUGGUUAGACCGCCUCGUGGAGGUUUCUGAGGGUUUGGCUUCGGAAGUGCCUGUUGUUGCUCUCAGCAGCAGCAGCAGCAGCAGCAGCAGCAGCAGCAGCAGCAGCAGCUUGCUGCGUCGUCGUUUACCUUUCUAUGAGUAUAUCUUUUUGCUGGGGCUGGGAGCAGCAGCAGACGCUGCAGAUAAUGCAGCAGCAGCAGCAGCAACAGCAGCAGCAACACCAGCAGCAACAGCAACAGCCCGACUGUGCGCAGCACUAACAGAUGUGCUGCUGCAGCGUAGCCUGCAGCAAGCAGCAGAAGCAAAGGCGUUAGAAGCCCUGUCUCUAGGGUUGCUGCUUGAUGUGCAGCUUGGGGGGGAUUCAUCUGCUGCUGCUGCUGCUGCAGCUGCUGCUACGGAAGCUGCUGCUACUGCUGCUCCAGCUGCAGCAGCAGCAGCAGCAGCAGCAGCGCUGCAGCAGGAGGAGCAGUUUUUGUUGGUUGUUGAAGACGAAGAAGUAGAAGAAAUAAAAACUGCUGCAGCACUCUUGGAAGCAGGAAGCAGCAGCAGAGGGUUUUAUACAGCAAAACCUGCUGCUCUUGUACUCGCUAUGGCCUUGAGGCCCUUAUACGCAAUUGAAAGCAGCAUUAACUCCUUUCUUGCUGCUGUUGCUGCUGCUGCGCAUCUUGCUGACGCGUUUACUUCUCCGGAGGAGUAUAACGACUGGGUCUUGGCUAUUAAAGCUGCACACUCUUCUUCUUUUCCGUUUGUCGAAGAUGAUGCGGAGGCGGGGCUGCUGCCGCUGCUGAGGAACGGGUGCUUAGAGGAGUCAAUUCGCCUUAGUUUAGAUUUACUCAGCCAAUCAAAGGGUGCAUUUGCUGCACCCUGGAAGCAGCGAGCGCAGCAGCUAAGUAAUGAGUUAAGAGUUUCGUGCGGAUUAGAGAAGACGGCGAUGCAGCACAACUUCAGCGGCCUUUCUCGUCGGCAGCAGCAAACUGUUUUUAAUUACCUGCGGCAGAGGCUCUCCCUUCCUGACCGCCUCUGCAUCAAUUGGAUACGCCACACAGACGACGCGAAGCACCGGGGCAGCUUCCCUUCCGUUCCCAAUACCGACGCCGCGUGGCUCCUCUGCGCUGUCCUCAACAAGUGGCGCAGGGGUCAGCAGCAGCAGCAGCAGCAGCAACAGGAGCAGCAACAGCAACAGCAGCAGCAGCAACGGCAGAAGUACUUAACAACGGCUUCAAUAACGGAGAAGGCAGCAGCGCUGCAGCAGCUGCAGGAGGGACAGAGGCUGCUGAAUUCGCAGCUAUCUCAGCUUUUCUUUCAGGUGGAUAGUUUGCGGUGUACGUACACCCAAGGUUUAGUGUUAGCCACAUGUCGUCAUUGCGCAGACAUCGGAAUGCAGGGGAAUUAUCUGCGUCUUUUGUGUUUGUUUGCUUCGACAAGACAUAGAGACGGAGGCUCGGGUGUACAGGCACCUUGUGUGCUGCUUUGCAUGCGCGACAGCGGCACCAGCAGCACCAGCACCAGCAGCAGCAGCAGCAACAGCAGCAGCAACAGUCAGGCGCUGCUGUACUGCUGCACACCCAAAGCAGAUAAACACUCCCCAGACCUCUUUCCUGAUGUGCUGCAUGCGCUACAUAAUCUAACUGCUGCAGGAGUCUGCUGGCGAGACAGCACAAACCCUCAUUUGUUGCGAGUUGCUUUAAGCCGUAUUGCCUUAGACUUACAGAAACAAAUCGCAGUUUUAUAUAUUGAAGCAAAAAGAAAAAGACAGGAAAACUUCGAUGAUAGUGAGAUGCUACAUGAAACGCAGCCUAAUGCUGCAGCAGCAGCAGCAGCAGCAAGUGAUGCAGCAGAAGAAGAAGAAGAAGAAGAAGAAGCAGAAGAAGAAGAAGAAGAAGAAGAUGAUGAUGAAGAUGAUGAAGAAGAAGCAGAAGAAGAAGAAGCAGAAGAAGAAGAAGCAGAAGAAGAAGAAGAAGAUGCAGAAGAAGAUGAAGAAGAAAAAGAAGAAGAAGAAGACGAUGAUGAUGAUGAUGAUGAAGCACAGCAAGAGGCAGAGACAGAUAGCCAAUCAGACGAAGGAGACAAGGAGAGAGCAGCAGAAGCAGAUACGCAACAAAGCAAUUCUUCUCGCUGCAGCAGCACAGAGCAGCAGGGGCCCCCUGAGGGUUCAGAGGCUGCUGUAAGGAAGGAGGGGGGCCCCCUACGCAGACGAAGAAGCAGCGACGCCGAGAGAGAAAGAGAGAAUAAAGAGGCCAACUGCAGAGGCUGA